AUGAUGCUGCCGCUCCUGAUCCUGUUGGCCUUGCUGCUGCCCUCCAGAGCCUUCAUACUGAUCAAAGGGGGUAAAGAGGCCGCACCACACUCACGGCCCUACAUGGCAUCAAUAACAGUCACUGAGGACAACCAUAGCUGGAUAGCAUGUGGAGGUUUCCUGGUGCAAGAAGACUAUGUGCUGACAGCAGCUCACUGUUACAAAAGGAAUAUGACAAAUAUCUUUGUCACCCUGGGAGCUCACAAUAUCCAGAAAAAGGAAAAUACGCAGCAGGUCAUCCCUGUGCUUCAAGCCUUCCCUCACCCAGAGUUCAGCUCAGAUUUAAAACUCAAUGACAUCAUGUUACUGAAGCUGAAACGCAAGGCUCAACUGAACACAGCUGUGCAGACCAUUGCCCUACCGAGGAGCCAGGACUGGGUGAGAGCAGAGCAGAAGUGCAGUGUGGCAGGCUGGGGAUUAAUGAAUAAUGGCUGGCUGUCAGACACACUCAAGGAAGUAGACCUGGAAGUGCAGAACAAGCAGGAGUGCAGGCGAAUCUUCCCACACUAUGAUGACACCACCGAGCUGUGCGUGGGAAACCCUCUGGGCAUUAAGGACAUGGGAAUGGUAAGGAGACAAUCAUCUUUCCUAUCUUGCUUCAGAAACAAAGUGAUUCUAAUUCCCCAUGGUCAGGCAUUCACUGGCCAUGAAGCCAUGGGUGACUCCGGGGGACCCCUGGUGUGUAACAAUGUGGCUCAUGGCAUUGUCAGCCAUGGAUAUGAUAACAAACCUCCUAAGGUCUUCACGAGAAUAUCCAGCUUUGUGCUCUGGAUCCACCAAAUAAUGAAACGUUCUAGCAUAGCUAAGUGA